CCGUGGGAUACAGACGUCCUGCGCGAACCGUCUCCCUUAUUCGCGUCAAACAGUUUAGUUCGCGCGAGUCGUAGUUCACAGACCCUCCCCGCGAGAGAAAGAGAGAGAGCUCUAAACUCAUUCCUCAACCACUUAUAUAUAAUCCUCACCGUCAACUACUAGGUAUCUCUCAUGCUUAAAAAAAAUAGUAAAUAGCAAAAGUGUCAAAAUAUAGAUAAUGAUUAAAUUUUUGGAUGCUUUCUGUAACUUGGCUGAUAGGCCGGAAGUCUCGGUUUUAUGUUGAGAGUGAAAUCAUUGUGUGACAGUGGCAGAGUGCGCGUUACUUCCCUAUAACAAGAAAUUUUAUUAAGAGUGAAUAAAUAUAACAGACCCCGCAGCAGUGAGUGAAACCAGGGUUGCCAGACACCGCCGCCCACGACGAUGGUGUUCACGCGAUCGGCACACCUGCUGCUGCUCAUGUGGGUUGUGAGAGCAUCAGAUGGUGAGACGGACGAGGUGACCACACUAAGGGAGGAUGUGUCCGACCAGCCCACGGCCCCUGACAUACUCCAGAUAGGCCUCGACCACGCCCCCAGCCCACUGGAGGCCCACCAGGUGCCCUUUCCCGGCAAGGUCUCAGCCACGGAGCCCUAUAUUGACCCCGCCACGCCACUCAAGGUCCGCGCCUACGCUGGUCACACUGCCUUCAUCCCCUGCCUCGUCAACAACUUGGGCCAACGCUCGGUGUCAUGGGUACGUCAUCAGGAUAUACACGUGUUGACUGUAGGUCGCUUCACCUUCACUAAUGACGACAGGUUUGAGGUCCAGCAUGAUGACGGCAGUAAUGAAUGGGUGUUAAAGCUCAGGACGCCAUCUGUUAACGACUCAGGGACCUACGAGUGUCAGAUUAACACCAAGCCAACCAUCACUCAGCUCAUUACACUUAGAGUCUUAGAGCCUCGGGCGGUCAUCACAGCAGGUAGAGAGUUGUACCUGGAUAAGGGCUCGACGUUGCGUCUUACCUGUCAAGUCAGAGAUGCUCCUACCCCUUCUGAUUUCCUGCUAUGGUACCACGAGCAGAAGGUGGCCAACUACGAGGUGGAAGAGGUGGAGGUGACGGUCAGAGUGGAGAACGGGACCACAGUGAGCAGCCUUACCUUGGGGGACGCCCAGGUGUAUAACUCUGGCCAAUACAGCUGUAGCCCCUCCAACGCCAAGGCUGCUUCAAUUCGCGUCCACGUGCUUAGUGGUGAGCAUCCGGCGGCCAUGCAGACCAACACCGCCUCCUGCCUGCUGCGUCGGGGGGCCGCCUACACCACCCUCAUCCACCUGUUUACCCCGACCCUGCUUCCGCUGACCCUCUCUACUGUCACUUCAGCCUUCUGCUUCAGGCCAAUGUAUCAGUCCGCGUCACCAUUGGCACUUCUGUUGGCACUGCACGCCUUCAGUGCCAUUCUACAGGUGUCCUGAUUAGUGUCACGCAUCUUACUCUUUUCUACGAAAUGUGUUCUAAGUGUCCAGUUUCUUUUGCGUUCAUCCUAAAAGGUAUUUCGUGUGCGUGAUGAACUCCGUGUGUGAGUGAAGAACUCAUCAUGUGUGCGUGAUGAACGCUGUGUGUGAAUUAUUCUAGAAUAGAAAAUCGUAAUAAAAGUUUCAUUUUGGUGCGUCACUUGAGGUCCACCUACUGAGCGUCUCUUCCGGGCAGCUCUCAAGACUUUGUGGUGAAGUCGAGGAGUUAUGAUGCGACUCACAGUCCGGAGAUACGACGAGAGGCUUCGCUUUUCUUUCCAAGAGCUUUUUGGUUGUAUUUUUAACAUUGAAGAGUUUUAAACUCCCGACAGCCUUCACAGUUGGAGGAAUUCUCCCUAAAUCGUUUAACUUCUUGGAGGAUCUGCGGUGCUCAGAGCUUAAUAUCCUGGGCUCACUAAUGGCUUCUUCAACAACAACUUAUCCUCUGGUGAUGCUCACUCACCUCAGUCAUCACCUGAUAAAUGAUCAUUAUCCUCGCUCUCUGUAUGACGCGAAGAGCCCUCAAGAUUUAUGACAGCCUCGUCUAUAUGUUCUGUUUAAGUUUAUCAAGAAGAAACUACUCCAAUAUAAACCAUAAUUAAUGACGAUAAAAAAAAAUAUCCACAAAACAGUAUUUUUUCUCACCAGUUCUAAAAAUUCUUGAUAAUUAAAGGUGACACGUGGGUGGAAAAUCAGCGUUUAGAGACGAGUUCUUACAUACUGUUACAGAUAUUUUGGGAACUAGAAUGAUUUAUUUCUUGGACGGUUUAAUAGACAACAUAAUUACCUUGGCAUUAAGAGAACAUAAAAGCAGCUGGAAGGUAAUACAAUACUGUCUAUGUCUACAUGUGUGUACAGACAAUGUAGACAGUGUAAACAAUGAGCCAACUAUCAACCCUUUAACCCAUAAACAAUUCAGAAACUUACCUGGAAUGGGAAACAGUACAUCUCUCCAACACAGUGACCUCGUAGGAUAUGAGUUAACCUUUGACCUUGAGUGAGCCUAUCAGCCUCCAGAUAUGAUACUCCAGAUUCCUACUCCUACUCCUCCAUCAGGCCCUGUUAAGGCUCCUGAAGGCUCUCUCAUAAACUUCCUGCCUCCUGGAAUUUGGAGAACCUUAAGUGGAUAAGUGUGUGUGUGUGUGUGUGUGUGUGUGUGUGUGUGUGUGUGUGUGUGUGUGUGUGUGUGUGUGUGUGUGUGUGUGUGUGUGUGUGUGUGUGUUAAAUAAAAGUCACUAAACAGACUAUUUUACAUAACGUGAUAAAGUACAUAUGAAAAUCUUUACCCCCACAAUAUACUGUUAAUUAUCGUCUUAAAGCCUCUGCCAUUAAGUUGUUCUCGUGGUAAAUUAAUUAGAUGACCUUAUUUAGAUACUUUAUUUUCUAUCUAUGUGAACUUUGACCUGACGGCAGGACCUCUUCUUCUCUCUGCUGGUCAUGUGAAGAAAAUGAAGAUAAUUAAAAUGAAGAACAGAAUGAAAUAAAGAGAAUAUUAUAGAAUAGGAAGAAAUGAUAAAAAGAAGGAACAAGGAGAGAGGAAAUCACAGGUGAAGAAAGUGAAGAAAGAAGGAAGAUGAAGGAAUAUAAAUAAAGUAAAGGAGGAUAAAACGACAAAAAGAAGAAAUACGAUGACAAACAAAAAUAAGAAUGAAGAAAAAUGAAGAGUGCAUAUAUUGAAGGAAAAAAGAUAUAGGAGACGAAGAGGAAAAAAAAGAUUACGACGAUCAGAUGAACAACAGGUGUAGUAGGUAAUAACGAGGAGACAAGAGGCAUACCUGGAGAACAUAAACAAACAUCAUCAACACAACACCAACACCUGCCAACAUCACCUGUCAACAUCACCUGCCAACAUCACCUGUCAACAUCA